AUGGGGCAGUACUGGAGGGCAGCGUACUGGGCUUGCAGCUCACCAUGGGGAGCAGCGCCAUGCAAGCCUGUCAAGCGAGGACGUGGCAAGCCUGUCAAGCGAGGACGUGGCAAGCCUGUCAAGCGAGGACGUGGCAAGCCUGUCAGGCGAGGACGUGGCAAGCCUGUCAGGCGAGGACGUGGCAAGCCUGUCAGGCGAGGACGUGACAAGCCUGUCAGGCGAGGACGUGGCAAGCCUGUCAGGCGAGGACGUGGCAAGCCUGUCAAGCGAGGACGUGGCAAGCCUGUCAAGCGAGGACGUGACAAGCCUGUCAGGCGAAGACGUGGCAAGCCUGUCAGACGAGGACGUGGCAAGCCUGUCAAGGGAGGACGUGGCAAGCCUGUCAGACGAGGACGUGGCAAGCCUGUCAGACGAGGACGUGGCAAGCCUGUCAGGCGAGGACGUGGCAAGCCUGUCAGGCGAGGACGUGGCAAGCCUGUCAGGCGAGGACGUGGCAAGCCUGUCAGGCGAGGACGUGGCAAGCCUGUCAGGCGAGGACGUGACAAGCCUGUCAGGCGAGGACGUGGCAAGCCUGUCAGGCGAGGACGUGGCAAGCCUGUCAAGCGAGGACGUGCCAAGCCUGUCAAGCGAGGACGUGACAAGCCUGUCAGGCGAAGACGUGGCAAGCCUGUCAGACGAGGACGUGGCAAGCCUGUCAAGGGAGGACGUGGCAAGCCUGUCAGACGAGGACGUGGCAAGCCUGUCAGACGAGGACGUGGCAAGCCUGUCAGGCGAGGACGUGGCAAGCCUGUCAGGCGAGGACGUGGCAAGCCUGUCAGGCGAGGACGUGGCAAGCCUAUCAGGCGAGGACGUGGCAAGCCUGUCAGGCGAGGUCGUGACAAGCCUGUCAGGCGAGGACGUGGCAAGCCUGUCAGACGAGGACGUGGCAAGCCUGUCAAGGGAGGACGUGGCAAGCCUGUCAGGCGAAGACGUGGCAAGCCUGUCAGACGAAGACGUGGCAAGCCUGUCAGGCGAGGACGUGGCAAGCCUGUCAGGCGAGGACGUGGCAAGCCUGUCAGGCGAGGACGUGGCAAGCCUGUCAGGCGAGGACGUGGCAAGCCUGUCAGGCGAGGACGUGGCAAGCCUGUCAGGCGAGGACGUGGCAAGCCUGUCAGACGAGGACGUGGCAAGCCUGUCAGACGAGGACGUGGCAAGCCUGUCAGACGAGGACGUGGCAAGCCUGUCAGACGAGGACGUGGCAAGCCUGUCAGGCGAGGACGUGGCAAGCCUGUCAGGCGAGGACGUGGCAAGCCUGUCAGGCGAGGACGUGGCAAGCCUGUCAGGCGAGGACGUGGCAAGCCUGUCAGACGAGGACGUGGCAAGCCUGUCAGACGAGGACGUGGCAAGCCUGUCAGGCGAGGACGUGGCAAGCCUGUCAGGCGAGGACGUGGCAAGCCUAUCAGGCGAGGACGUGGCAAGCCUGUCAGGCGAGGUCGUGACAAGCCUGUCAGGCGAGGACGUGGCAAGCCUGUCAGACGAGGACGUGGCAAGCCUGUCAAGGGAGGACGUGGCAAGCCUGUCAGGCGAAGACGUGGCAAGCCUGUCAGACGAAGACGUGGCAAGCCUGUCAGGCGAGGACGUGGCAAGCCUGUCAGGCGAGGACGUGGCAAGCCUGUCAGGCGAGGACGUGGCAAGCCUGUCAGGCGAGGACGUGGCAAGCCUGUCAGGCGAGGACGUGGCAAGCCUGUCAGGCGAGGACGUGGCAAGCCUGUCAGACGAGGACGUGGCAAGCCUGUCAGACGAGGACGUGGCAAGCCUGUCAGACGAGGACGUGGCAAGCCUGUCAGACGAGGACGUGGCAAGCCUGUCAGGCGAGGACGUGGCAAGCCUGUCAGACGAGGACGUGACAAGCCUGUCAGGCGAGGACGUGGCAAGCCUGUCAGACGAGGACGUGGCAAGCCUGUCAGACGAGGACGUGGCAAGCCUGUCAGGCGAGGACGUGGCAAGCCUGUCAGGCGAGGACGUGGCAGUCCCAGCUCUCCACAUAUUGUUAAAACAAAAAAGGAAGAAUUAGUAUUAAGUGAUCUUGACGCCGAAGACUAUGAAUAUAUUACUCUAAAUGGCACGUGUGGUGCUGUGCUUGGAGGGAUGGGGGAGGAAGAGAUCGGUGGUGAUAUGCUGUGCUUGCUGCGAGUCAGAGGAAAAGAUGCUGUUCUUGGUGGGAUGGAGAUGGAAAGAUGA